UUCCACAUCUCCGCAGUCCUGCUGGAUAUCUUUCGCCAGACCUCAGCUAUUUUCAGUUGUCCUUUUCUCUACUGUAUAAAAUUCGCAACCACUGACGAUAUCAAGUAAAAUGGGUUGGUUCUGGGGCAGUUCGAACGGAGAUGAUCCGGUCAAGAAGCUUGACCCGGGCCUCAGAGAGUACCUUGAAAAUGAAGCUCCAGCAAAAUACGUGCCUACAACAUCCAUUCCUUCAACGCAAGAACCUUCAAAAACAUCAGAUCCUCAAACCCAAGCACCAAAAACAAGCGCAUCUGCCGAAACUGGCGAGCCCUCGAAACCCUCCGUUCCCUCCGCGUCACUUUUCCCCGAUGGCCGGUAUGCUCAUCUGUGGAAAACCUACAAGCCUCCUCAGGAAGAGGACGGAUCAGUAACCAAGGGCGCGGAAAGGGUGAUUGAGAAGUACAAGAAGCAUAAUGACACCGUGCACCGGGCAGCCAUGGAAAAUUGCGCAUUGGAGCAUGAAGCCUUGACGUUAUGUUUCCAGACCGGUAAUUGGCAGAAGCGACUGCAGGCUCGUGUGACUUCCUGCUCCGAGGAAAACGCAACUUUCUCUCGUUGUUUCACCACUCAAUCUAAAUUCCUCCAGGCAUUAGGCUACGCCGCCUCAUUCGAUUGGGACGAGGAGAAGGAAGAACGAAUUCAGAUGCAUGCGGAUAAGCUAUACCACCAGAUGUUGGAUUAUGAACAGCGAGUCGCAAAGUGUCGGGCGGCUGGUCAGGAACCACCGCCCCUCAGGUCGCUCUUUAACCCGCAGGUGGAAACCCAACAACUCAAAUCCAACGAUACCCCGGGUAGUCUUGAGGUCCCCGGUGUUGAGCAGAUUCCGCCCGGAUUCAAACCAUCGAAGCCACUGGAGCAACUUACACCCCAUGAGAGGGAAUUGGAGAUUCGGGCACACAACGCGCAGAUCGAACAACAGAAGAUGUAUGUGCAAGAGGCCAGUCCAUUCAUGAAGACACACGAGGACGCACGUUUGAAACGCCGCGAGAAGGCUGUCAGUUGGUUUGGAGAGACCAUUGGUAAAUGGGUUACAUGAUCAUCAAAACUCUGACAGGUUUCCUCCCUUUCCUUGUAUUAUUACUCUUGCAUCGUUGAAACUGUCUCAGUGGAAAGAUGUAGCAUUAUGGUUUCGGAAGCGAGUGUUUGGCGUUCACCAUGGGAUGUGAAACGAAUGAAUUAGUUUUGUUACUUCUCUAGCACACAAGCUCUGUUUAUUAUUGAUAUUUACCUGAUGAAGAGGGUGACAUACUUUCGAAUAUUU